AUCCCUGAGCACAGGGUUAACUGUCAGCUGAGGGUAUGCACAGCAAGUGUUCCCUUUCCAAGUCUCCAUACUUGGACAGUGAAUGCGACAGUUGGGCAAGAGCAUCAAGUUUGGGCAGCCACCACCCAAUGCCAUUCCCAUGAAGAAGGCAGACAGUGGCGAGGCUCGCUUGGAAGAGGAUCCGCUCCUGACCAGUCCCAUGGAAAUUGUGACUCAGCAGGACGUCAUCCUCUCAGACACCGGGAACAAAUCCAGUGAGACGCCAAGUUCUCCGGGUCCUCUGAAUCUGCCUGGAGCCGGAAGUGAGAUGGAAGAGAAGGCUGCUCCAGUUAAAACGUCUCGGCCAAAAAGGCACUUCUCCUCUGCCGGCACCAUCGAAAGUGUCAACCUAGAUGCCAUUCCCCUGGCCAUCGCCCGCCUGGACAACAGUGCCGCCAAGCACAAACUGUCCAUUAAGCCAAAAAACCAGAGGGUGUCAAGGAAGCACAGGCGACUUGUCGGGGAUCGACAGAACGAGCAAGGUGGCUUCCUGCAUCAGCUGUCCCUAGACCAGAAUGGGCACCCUGGAGAAGACAAGCCAAUCUGGCAUGAAGAGGAGCCAGAGGCGCUGGACUCGGAGGAAGAGAAACGACGCCAAGAAGAAUACUGGCAAGAACUUGAGGCCAAGUGCAAACGGCAAAAGGCCCAAGCGGCAGAGAGGCGACGCCUGGAAGAGCAGAGGCUCCAGGCCCUGGAGAGGAGGCUUUGGGAGGAGAAGAGAAGGCAGGAGGAGCUCUUGGAGGAGGAAGGGGAGGAAGAGGAGGGAGGAGUACAGCUAGAGGCAGCAAAGAGGCAGCGUGAAGAGGAGCCGCGGAGUCCGGAAGAGCCAGGCUGCCGAGGCCCAGAGCGGAGGGAGCAAGACGAAGGAGGGCGCCUGGAAGCCGAGGAGCCGAGACGCCUGCAGGCAGAGGCGCAGCGCCUGGAGAGACGCGCGCAGCAGGAGGAGCUGGAGGCUCGGAGCCGGCAGGAGGCCGAGAAGCUGCGGCGGGAAGAGGAGGAGAGGUGGCAGGAGCUGGAGGCGCAGAGGCGGCGGGAGGAGGGGGGGAGGAGGAGGAGGACAAACUAGAAGAAGGAGAAGGAGGAGGGGGAGGGGGAGGGGGAGGGGGGGGGGGAGGGGGAGGAGGAGGAGGAGGAGGAGGAGGAGGACAAACGGAUGCAGGAGCUCAGAAGGCAGGAAGAGCUGGAGGCGCAGAGACGGCGGGAGGACGCGGAGGCGAAGAGGAGGCAGGAAGCGGAAAAGAAGCUUCAGGAAGCACCGAGAGUGGAGGAGGAGAAUCAGCCGCUGCUGGACCACAAAAGGGGCUUGAGGAGCCCACUUCAGAGCGAUACUGCAGAGAAAGCAGAACAAGAACACCUGAAGCUCGAGAAGCCAAGAGAAAACCCUGAGGAACCGAGUAUUUGGGUGAAGCAGAGCCAGGAGGCCACCGAGCCAUCAGGCGAGCAGCCCGGAAAGCAGGGGGAUGUUCCCGGGGAUCAUCUUUGUGGAUGGCAGGAAAAGAGGGAAGAAACCAACACAGAGCUGCCCCAGAAACAAGAGGCCCAGGUGGAAGAGGCGUUGGCUCCAGGAGAGAAGAAAGAAGCUGCCGCUCCAGAAACAGACAGAAAGGUGGAGGAACUCAGAUGGCAGGAGGUAGAUGAGAGGCAGACCAUGCCCAGACCCUACACUUUCCAGGUGUCAUCCGGAGGGAAACAAAUUCUCUUCCCCAAAGUCAACCUGAGCCCUGUGAAACCCAUGAAAGAUGAGGGGCUCGCCUCUGGUCCCCAAGAGCCAAAGGCCCUCAGAGCCAGCCCGGCCUCCCACGCCCUGCCCUCGUCCCUGAGCAUCCCCCACACGGCCAUUCUGGUCACGGGAGCCCAGCUCUGCGGCCCGGCCGUCAACCUGAGCCAGAUCAAGGACACGGCGUGCAAGUCUCUCCUGGGCUUGUCGGAAGAAAAGAAGCACGUGGAUGUCCCCGCCCUGGAGAACCCACCCCGAGCCCCAGGUGACCCCCGGGCAGGCAGUGGGAAGACCAGGCCCUCACAGGAGUCUCCGAGCAGCGUGGCCGCGCUCGCUGAAUGGGCUUCCAUUCGGUCCAGAAUCCUGAAGAACGCAGAGAGUGACCAGCGCGGCGAGCGAGACCAGUCUCGGCCCGGUGAUGAACACACGCCCAGGGGCCGAUGUGAUUCCCGCGGGAACCUCCGGAGGACCCCGCCGGUAAAUGCAAAGUUCUCCAUUAAGCCUGCCUGGCAGAAAUUCUCUGAUGGGGGCGGGGAGACCUCCAAACAGAACACGGAAGCGGAAAGCGUUAGAAAAAGAUCCCUGCCGGGCCCCAGCGAAGAGGCCCGGCCCCAGCUCCCUGCUGCUGAUACUAAAGAGCCCGUGAAGGGUGCAGGGAAACCGGGGGCGCACCAGGAGCCAACGGACACCACGGAGGGGUGCAAAUUUGCCAAAGACCUUCCAUCUUUCCUUGUUCCAAGCCUUCCUUACCCUCCACAGAAAGCAGGGGCCCAAGCAGAACCCGUGGUCACUUCGGACAGCGAGACCACAGGUGGAGUAGGAAAGCCGGAGCCCGUGAUGCCAGGUGGGGAGGAUAAAGCUUCCCCCUUUGGAAUAAAAUUGAGAAGGACCAACUACUCCUUGCGCUUCCACUGCGACCAACAAACAGAACAAAAGAAGAAGAAAAGGCACAGCAGCACGGGGGACAGUAUCAGUGGGGCGCCGUCAGCUCCGGGGAGCACAGCUGGAGAGAGAGAGACAGAGGCUGCGGCCCUCAAGCAUGGCCCGUCCCUCCCCCCCGAGAGGAGGCAAGCCCCGGCCCCCUGGAAGGACUCUGCUGAAAGCCCUCCCAGCGACUCUCCUCUUGCAGCCCAGCCUGGGCCCCCAGCAGCCGGCAGCCAGCCCCCGGCUCCAGAGCAGGACAGGGCAGCAAACAGAACGCCCUUGGCCCAGAAGCCAGCCCUGGCUCCCAAGCCCGCGGGCCAGACUCCGCCGUCCUCCCCGAUCUCCAAGCUGAGCAGGCCCUACUUGGUGGAGCUGUUGGCUCGCCGGGCGGGGAAGCCUGACCCGGAGGCCGGCGAGUCAUGCAAGGAGGGCCGGGACAACGGGGACCCCCGGACGCUCUCACCCCCGCCGACUGAGGAGAGGAAGGACCAGAAGCGGGAUGAGGAGGAAGAGGUGGAAACAGAGAGGAAGCCUGCUUCCCCGGCGCCAUCUGCCGCCCGGCAGGAAAAGCCUUCCGCGACACCCGAGGCGGGGAGGAAAGAAAAGCCGACGCUUCAGAGCAGACACUCUUUAGACGGCUCCAAACUUGCGGAGAAAGUUGAAACCGCGCAGCCACUGUGGAUAACGUUGGCACUGCAAAAGCAGAAGGGGUUUCGGGAGCAGCAGGCGACUCGAGAGGAGAGGAAGCAAGCCAGGGAGGCCAAACAGGCAGAAAAGCUCUCCAAAGAAAACGUCAGUGUCAGCCCGCAGCCUGGAAGCAGCAGUGUCAGCAGAGCUGGUUCCCUGCACAAGUCCACCGCUCAGCCAGAAGAGAAGAAGCCAGAGACAGCAGCGUCCAGGCUCGAGCGCCGAGAACAGCUGAAAAAGGCCAACACUCUUCCUACAUCUGUGACAGUGGAGAUCUCUGAUUCGGCUCCCCCAGCACCACUGGUGAAAGAAGUCACAAAGAGAUUCUCUACCCCAGACGCUGCCCCCGUGUCAACAGAACCAGCCUGGCUGGCUUUGGCCAAAAGGAAAGCCAAGGCCUGGAGCGACUGUCCACAGAUUAUUAAGUAAAGAAAGAGUGACUCUUAUCCAUUCCUAUUGCCAGUUAUUGGCUCUUCUCUUGCCCUUUUUAUUUAUUUAUUUUUUUAUAUGAGGUAAAGAAAGAAACGAAGCUAGGGAAAAGCAGCAUGUUUUAUAGGCUCUAAAAUAAUGUUUAGAAACUGAACUGGCGGUGUUCCUUGUAAAGAGUGUAUUUGCACAGCCCUAGGUCCUGGUGCCUUGAGCUCCUCCUAGUUCUAAAGAGAAUUCCGUCCUAGGGACCACAUGAAGCAAAAUCUCCAGACUGAGAACUUCUCACGAGAGCCUGCCACACCCAUUCCAUGGCCCUUCCACACACAUGCACCCCACACACCAUUCAGAACAUGUACUUUUGCCAAUCUUUGUAAUAGUUUUCUUGAUCCUGUACUCCUGUUUCUUUUUUCCAAGCCAUUUACCACGUGCUUGGGGAUUUCUACCGUUUUCUAUAGUAAUAGUGAAAGGAUCUUAUAUAAACAAGAGUGCCCAUUUGCCUGAAUGCAGUGAGUAACUGGGAAUUGCAAGUAAAAGUCUGGCUCCCAACUCUUUGCCCAUGUCUGCUUCUCAUGAUUUUGCCCCAACAGGAAACUGUAACACAGCGAGUCCAUUGACUCUUCUACCGCACUGUUGAGCUACAGGCCUCGUUAUACCACAACUCUCCUCAAGGACACGUUAACCAUUUGGCCCAGCUGGCUCCUAGUGAACAUUUUUAUUUAAAAUGAUUGAUUAAAAAAAAAAAGGAAGCAGCUACAAAUUCUCUGUCUCUGAGAAUCCCCGUCUAGUGCAGUUGUUCUUAAGAACUUCAGGCUCCAUCCCAGACCUACUCAAUCAUCAGAGAUCCUGUGAGGAUGAGGCCAGAUGUGUAUAUUCUGGUAAAAACUCUUCAGAUGACUUCCAGUAUAUCACAGAGGUUGAGAAGUGUGGGACACACUGCUUCUAGUGUAAUCUAGUUUUUAAAACUCUGAAGGGGAGGCUCAUUUCACCCAAAGCAGCAAAGGUGAGACAGGAAAAAUAAUAAAACAAACAACCCCCCAAACCAGCCAUUUAUUACAGGGUAUAAGAGUCUAUUGACAUUACAUGUCUCUGAAAAUCUUUUAAAUCUUUAGGGAAAGUUAACAGUAAGACAAGAUUUGAAGCCUUUGUACUAAGGACUUCCCGUGGGAAGUUUCUUUCUUUACCAUAAUCAAGUAAUUCAUAUUUAGAGUCAAAUGUUCAAUAGCAUUUAUAAUGUAGAGCAUUCACCUUGCUACCUUUAAAAACAUCUCAGAGUUUUAAGUGGCCUUGUUGUUAUACACGUGAUAAAAAAAGGACUUGGCAAUUUAAAAGCCACAUAUAUUCACUUUUAUUUCCCUAAAUUUGCUUUACAUGACACACAGACAUACAGCAAACCCACACAUUGCUGGUACUAACCUACAUUUCGUGGUGUCGGCAUAUUACCUUUUUCUUCAAUCCUGACUUCAAAAUCUAAGUACAAAUCCUUUGCCUAGUGCAGCAGGGGAAGGAAUUACAUCCUUUUUUCCUCUCCUACAAAAACACAUUAGUAUUUUAUUAGUGUCAUUUUCCUCUAUGCUUACUCAAUAGACAGUGUGCUGUUACACUAUUACGUACCUUAAAGAAAGGAUGACAGCAAAGUUAUUUACCAUAUACAAGGCAUUUUCUUUCUGGAAACGACGGCUCAGCCUCAUGGUAGCAGCUGGCAUGUGUGGUGAAGUGGAUAGUUGUACUUUUGCAAGUUGGAGUUAAUAUUAUAUAUAGUGGACCUUCAGACUUAAGAAUCAAUGGAACGUUAAUUUUUUUACGGCUAUGAGAAGCAAUUAAUAUUCCACUGCAUGUUUUCCACAGUGAUGUUCAUUUCUAAAUCAAAUAUGUAGACAUUUGUUAGUUUCAGUGAUUUCCUAACUAAUAUAACACUUCUGAAUAGGAAUCUUUCCACCUAGAGCCCUGGAAUUAUACUGCUACAUUAAUUCUUCUGCAUUGUCUUUUUCUGUCAUCCUGUCAGCUUUGAAUAAUAUCACAGUAAUGGCAGAGAACAAGUGAAUAAAUCAGAUCAUUAACAAAGAAUGGUAGACAAGUCAACUCUGUACUGGCUUACCUACCACUGAUCCCAUACAAAGGAGGAGAAAUAUCUCAGUUAAACAAUUUCCAUCAAAAUCUUUUUAAGAGUAUACUGAGGAAAGUAUACUGGAAAUAAGUCAUAGCACUUACUUCCAACAACUUCUAAAGGCUACAUGUUUAAUAUUUCAUGUAAAAAUUACUCCUACUUUGCACUAAAUACCAAUGAAGUGUUAUUUUGCUUUAGUUGUGUUGCAGUCUUUUCUGACCAACAAACUACGGGGGAAAUUCUAUAAAGCGUAUAAAAAAUUCAAGACUUAAAAGAAAUGAAUGAUUGUUAAUUAAAUACACAAGCUUUUUUUUUUUUUUUUUUAAUUUAAACAAACAUACACUUCUCCUGGCAAGGUUAUAGAUGAUUAACCUCUGUUCAUAAGACAUAUUACAAAACUAGAGGUUUUUUCUUUA